AUGGCUGAGCUCUUGCUGGGUACCUCAGAUCUUCUUGACUAUACUGGGGUGUCUCAUGAUCCCUGCCUCUCCGGGAGAAAACCCAGGAACCGGGGACUAAGGCUCUCAUCGGGGAAGGUGGGAGGGACAGGCGAGUCACGGAAAAGCCAGCCGCCUCCCCGGCGGAUCGGCCCCCGCGGCACCGGGAACCGCGCGAGAAAGGAAAGGGCUGGCAAAGGACGCGCGCGGGAGCCCGGGGGGGUGUCCCCCUCCAGACCCCUGGGAGGUCAGACAUCAGGACAGGUAAACGGGGCCGGAGAAGGUGUGAAAGCCCCGGGCCGCCCGCGGGAAGGGAGACCCGGGAACCCCCCGCUCAGCCUUCCCGCAGGCCGCGCCGACCGCCGGGUAGGCGGAGCCGGCCCGCCCUCCCCCGCAUCCAAUCAGAACGGCGCCUCGUGUUCCCCGGCGGGCCGCCGGUGUAGGGGAGGAGGCCGGACGACGAGAGGACGAGCUCCCCGGCCAAUCGCCGUGCGGACUGGGAGGCGCGGACGGACGCAGGGCCCGGGACGGACAGAUGGGCUCCUGGGCGGACGGAGACCCGGGGCACAGGACACCAACCACGCCAGCUUUUCCCGCCGGCUCCAGGGCUCCGCGCCAUUCCCCACCUCCCAGCCGGGGCCAUCCAGCCCAGGGUUAAUGCCAACGAGUUUCCACCUCCAGCCGCUCCUAGAGAGGCCGGGCGCGAGCCGGCGGGGGAAACUGGCCCCGGACGGACACUUCCUGUGCGGGGGGAAGGGGGGAGGGGGUCGGACAGCCGCAGCCCAGCCGGGGCCCGGGGGCCAGACGGCGGGGUCGCGGGCGGGGAGCGGCGUUCGGGGGCGGCAGGGCGAGUCGUGAAGACCCUCGCCACCGAGGCCGCG